AUGCAGUGGGGCCCUGCUAUCGCCCAGCAGCCGGCCACCAGCUCCCCUUAUCAGCAGAGUGGUCUCAUUUAUUAUUUCACCCCACCCCCCCUUCGGCCCCUCACCAGGACUAAUGAAACCCUUCUCGCAGGAAGGUUACUGUUGCGACCCUAAACAGAUUAGGAGAAAGACACUCAUUUCUACUACAUACUGUAUGUAAUUUCAUAAUUGAUUCAUGCGCAGAGAAAUUGUAUCCAUAAUAAGGCUGACACCUGAGAAAUAUGGGGACCAUUAAAGAGGUGUGUGUCACUGAUUAGGAUUAUUAUCCCUGUAAGGGCGCUUGGAAUCCUCAUUUUUGCGGGAUUUUGUUACUGGGUUUUCACUUUUCUGUUCUUUGCCUUGCAAAAUGAAAUUUAGCUAACCCAGGAAGGCAUUAGCUGAUCACUUAUCAGUAGGAAUCUGUGCUCAUUCAUUUAAAAGACAUCUUGGAUUAUCUAUCAUUCCCAGAAUGAAAGGGCUGCAGCAGUCAUGCAUGUAUUUGGCGUAGUCUACUAACAGCUGGAUAGGUAAUCCAGGGUAAGUACCUAACUCAAGUACAACACUCAUUACCUCACCGGGGAUUUGAACCAGUAACCUUUUGGUUAAUACUACAUUCCCACUAUAAUACUCAUGUGUUCUAAUUACACUGCUAACAGGAUUAGUGCUAAUAGCACUUAAUGCGUAAUGAUUCUUUGUCUUAAUGCCCGGACCAACUCUACUCUCAUUUUUCCUAAACAGGUGGCGCUCUCCUUAUUCUCCCUUUUCUGUAUAAACCCCCCCCCCCCCCCCUCCGGGUUUCAGAAGCAAACUUCCCAAAUUGAGUCGACAAAAAAGAACACAUUUACAAGUCUAUUAAUUGAUAACAGCUGAUGAAUGGAAAUGGGUGACAGAUAAAACCUAGAUGGUGUGUCACGAACAUCGUGUAUUGACAACCCAGGCCGGUGGCCUGAGGGGUAUUGUGUUUGACCUUACUAUGACCUGGCUGAAAACCUUGUCGUCGCUAAAUAAAUGACAUAGAACAGAUUAACAUGUUAACAAUCACUUCUGAAUCUUAUGGAGAGCCUAUAUCUGUCCAGAAUGUUCAUUUGAUAAAUUACGGUGAGGGUUAUUUGGGGGGGGGGGGGGGGGGGAUAAAAGAGUCCCGCCCGCUGCCUCAAAUGAAUGAAACGACCAAGAAGAGGAUAACAAUUGUUCUCAGAUUGUAGUAGCGCUGUAUGUAUUCAUACAAUUUAGAUGAGGCAGAAUAAAUGUUCAUUUGUCAGGUUCUCUGUGUGCAGGUAUUCUGCACUCCCAUUCAACUGUAAUGCAUUAAAGUGCUAGCCCUCGCCUCAAGUGGAACGGUGUUUAAAUUAAUUCACUCAAAUGAUGACCUCUCUGUACAAAGAGGAAUCCUAAUGAUGCCAGUCUGUACCAUCCACAUCUACUGUACUCUACUCCCCCAUGAUCCCAGUUAAUAACAUGAUCCCAGUUAAUAACAUGAUCCUAGCUAAUAACAUGAUCCUAGCUAAUAACAUGAUCCCAGCUAAUAACAUGAUCCCAGUUAAUAAACAUUAACAAUUAAACAAUGAACACUUUUUUUUCCCCCUCUGACAUCAUUGUACGCGCAAUACAACAGCAGAGUAUGUACAAUUUUUUUGUUUACCACGAUGCUGGAUACUCUUUUCCUCAAAACCAAUACAAUAACAAAUGUGCCUGGGGCAGCCGGUGUCGCUGUUUUGUCUAUUGCGGAUCUCAGCUUUAAGAUAAAAAUCUAUGUUUCUGAUUAGCUUCUUUUUUUAAAUCAUUGAAUAGUUGUUUUGGAAAUGUGCUGCUUGGCAUGACAUGGUUUAUAUAGGCCAAGAGCCCUGGACUGUUGAGUUUGCUUGUAUACAAAAGUGCAAAACAAACCUGGUUUAACUCCAACAGGCCAGUGUUUCCACUGUCUGCCCUCUGUAGCGCUGCUCAGUCCCUCUGAUACCUCCAAGCUACUACUCUCAGAAACUGACCAUGAAAGAAAGCCUUCCCACAAAGGAAGAAAUAUAUAUUGAGUAGUGUCUUUUGUGUGGCCAAAGCAUUUAUCUUCAAAUCUUAAUAAACCUGGCCAUCCUUUAUAAAUGUUCAUUUGUCAGGUUCUCUGUGUGCAGGUAUUCUGCACUCCCAUUCAACUGUAAUGCAUUAAAGCGCUACCCCUCGCCUCAAGUGGAACGGUGUUUAAAUUAAUUCACUCAAAUGAUGACCUCUCUGUACAAAGAGGAAUCCUAAAAUGGACUGAUGCCAGUCUGUACCAUCCACAUCUACUGUACUCUACUCCCCCAUGAUCCCAGUUAAUAACAUGAUCCUAGCUAAUAACAUGAUCCUAGCUAAUAACAUGAUCCUAGCUAAUAACAUGAUCCCAGCUAAUAACAUGAUCCCAGUUAAUAAACAAGAUCCCAGUUAAUAUCAUGAUCCCAGUUAAUAACAUGAUCCCAGUUAAUAACAUGAUCCUAGCUAAUAACAUGAUCCCAGCUAAUAACAUGAUCCCAAUUAAUAAACAAGAUCCCAGUUAAUAUCAUGAUCCCAUUUAAUAACAUGAUCCCAGUUAAUAAACAAGAUCCCAGUUAAUAUCAUGAUCCCAGUUAAUAACAUUAUCCCAGUUAAUAACAUGAUCCUAGCUAAUAACAUGAUCCCAGCUAAUAACAUGAUCCCAGUUAAUAAACAAGAUCCCAGUUAAUAUCAUGAUCCCAGUUAAUAACAUGAUCCCAGUUAAUAAACAAGAUCCCAGUUAAUAUCAUGAUCCCAGUUAAUAACAUGAUCCCAGUUAAUAACAGGAUCACAGUUAAUAACCUAGAAUAAGAGGCACUACUAAAAGGCAAAAUAAAAAUCUGAAAUGAUCAAUGGCUACCCUUCUAAGAUAGUAUAGAUGCCAAUCUGAUAAUUAUUUUCAAGGCUUUUAAAACUGCCAAAGAGAUCUAAAUAACAUGACAUUUUUGGUCAGAAUUUUAAAGCUGGAAUUCAUAGCGGUGAAACUGCCAAGUCCGUUUGCGAUAGUACAACAACAAAGACAUUACUUUAAACAAUGAACACUUUUUUCCCCCCCUCUGACAUCAUUGUACGCGCAAUACAACAGCAGAGUAUGUACCAUUUUUUUGUUUACCACGAUGCUGGAUACUCAUUUCCUCAAAACAAAUACAAUAACAAAUGUGCCUGGGGCAGCCGGUGUCGCUGUUUUGUCUAUUGCGGAUCUCAGCUUUAAGAUAAAAAUCGAUGUUUCUGAUUAGCUUCUUUUUUUAAAUCAUUGAAUAGUUGUUUUGGAAAUGUGCUGCUUGGCAUGACAUGGUUUAUAUAGGCCUAGAGCCCUGGACUGUUGAUUUUGCUUGUAUACAAAAGUGCAAAACAAACCUGGUUUAACUUGUAUAACAGAACUUUCACUUGUCUCCUUAUCCUGUAAGGGUUCUCCAACAGGCCAGUGUUUCCACUGUCUGCCCUCUGUAGCGCUGCUCAGUCCCUCUGAUACCUCCAAGCUACUACUCUCAGAAACUGACCAUGAAAGAAAGCCUUCCCACAAAGGAAUAAAUAUAUAUUGAGUAGUGUCUUUUGUGUGGCCAAAGCAUUUAUCUUCAAAUCUUAAUAAACCUGGCCAUCCUUUAGUCCAAAUAAGUCCAUUUCUACCUUUUCUCUUUCUCUGCACUGAAGGCAAGGCUCCUGGUUUAAUUAUGACAUAUUGAUUUUGUAGUAAGCCUUGUUUGGCUUAAUUACAUCUUUUGUUGACCCUAAUUCUGUCUUCCAUUGUCCGCCCCCCGAAGCACUUACAUUUUGUCAUCACCUUUUUGUGCAGCUUUAAAUAUAUAAUCUGUCUUUGGUCAUCGUCAACGUCAAUGGUUCCCCUCUAAAUCGGACCCUGUCGCCAUUUAUCUUUUGUUUCCGAAAGCUUUUGCAUUGAUGCCAAAGCAAUCCAUUUCCUAAAUGAUGUAAUUAUCUGCUAGUCUUUUUUGCACAUUUAAAGUUGAGGGUUUAUUUUAGAUCAAUUCAGACCACUUUGAGUGCAAAUUGCACAAUUGCAUUGCCUUCAGAUUUCUCACAAAUCCAAUUGGGAUUAGGGCCUUUGGAGUGGAAUGCCUAAUGAAGCUUUUUUCGCCCUAGUCUCGGUGAAGGAUUGGUUGUCCUUCACAUGUUGACUGUGAAAGAAGCUACAGUUGCACUGCAAUUAGAGGGAGAAUAAAUUGCAAAUCCUCACCUUGGAGACGUGGCUGCCUUGUAUGCCUGCAGCCAGCUGUGUCUUGGCUCAAGGUGGCUAUGGGAAAGGCAAUUAGUUUAUUGAAAGAUUUGACAGAUAAACACAUUUCUCCUGUCAUCGCUGACUGGGCUCUUUCUGAAUAAGGGAUUCAAUAUUCCCUUGCACCAUCAUUAGUGCAGGUAUUAGCACUGUAAGACUUAAAACCUCAAUAGAUGUAGUAGUGGUAGGAGAAGACCUAAGACCUCAAUAGAUGUAGUAGUGGUAGGAGAAGACCUAAGACCUCAAUAGAUGUAGUAGUGGUAGGAGAAGACCUAAGACCUCAAUAGAUGUAGUAGCGGUAGGAGAAGACCUAAGACCUCAAUAGAUGUAGUAGCAGUAGGAGAAGGCCUAAGACCUCAAUAGAUGUAGUAGUGGUAGGAGAAGACCUAAGACCUCAAUAGAUGUAGUAGCAGUAGGAGAAGGCCUAAGACCUCAAUAGAUGUAGUAGUGGUAGGAGAAGACCUAAGACCUCAAUAGAUGUAGUAGUGGUAGGAGAAGACCUAAGACCUCAAUAGAUGUAGUAGUGGUAGGAGAAGACCUAAGACCUCAAUAGAUGUAGUAGCAGUAGGAGAAGGCCUAAGACCUCAAUAGAUGUAGUAGUGGUAGGAGAAGACCUAAGACCUCAAUAGAUGUAGUAGCAGUAGGAGAAGGCCUAAGACCUUAAUAGAUGUAGUAGUGGUAGGAGAAGACCUAAGACCUCAAUAGAUGUAGUAGCAGUAGGAGAAGGCCUAAGACCUCAAUAGAUGUAGUAGUGGUAGGAGAAGACCUAAAACCUCAAUAGAUGUAGUAGUGUUAGGAGAAGACCUAAAACCUCAAUAGAUGUAGUAGUGGUAGGAGAAGACCUAAGACCUCAAUAGAUGUAGUAGCAGUAGGAGAAGGCCUAAGACCUCAAUAGAUGUAGUAGUGGUAGGAGAAGACCUAAGACCUCAAUAGAUGUAGUAGCAGUAGGAGAAGGCCUAAGACCUCAAUAGAUGUAGUAGUGGUAGGAGAAGACCUAAGACCUCAAUAGAUGUAGUAGUGGUAGGAGAAGACCUAAGACCUCAAUAGAUGUAGUAGCAGUAGGAGAAGGCCUAAGACCUCAAUAGAUGUAGUAGCAGUAGGAGAAGGCCUAAGACCUCAAUAGAUGUAGUAGUGGUAGGAGAAGGCCUAAGACCUCAAUAGAUGUAGUAGCGGUAGGAGAAGUUGUACAUUCUCUCCAUAUGCGCUCACUGAUAAAGUCACUUUAAAAGGUAUGACCUCCUGUUUCUAGGCUGUGCAGCCGACAAAAAACCUACGAUAUUAUUAGUGUUGCUCAACCUUCUCAAAUGGAGAAAACUGAACAGACAAAGAUCAGAAACCUAUUGCAGAAAUCGAACGGACUACAUUGGGUUUAAAGGAGUCCCUCACCCAAAUCCCUCUUUGACUCCACUACUCUCCUUUUCUGUUUCUGCUCCUGCCUGUGUUUAUGUCCAGCCCCUCUUCCCAGACUGAUUGGGCUGGGCGCUGGUGUGCCUCUGGUCUCUGAGGGAGUGUCAGCCUCUAGCAGGGGGGACGCAGACUGCCUGGCUGGCUGCCUGACUGGCUGGCUUGUUGGUUGACUGACUGGCUGACUGGCUGCUUGGCUUACUGGCUAGCUGGCUGGCGUCUCCAUUGGGAGGGCUUAGGGAGGAGGGGGCUGGAGGCCACUAAAUCAGUGCACGCUUGUCAACAUCCUCGGGCCGCAGGAAUUACUCAAGUGAAAAUAACAAAUGACUGUCAUUGCAGAGCCAAAAACCUGUGAUUAUAAUUAUCACAUCCCCAGUGACCUUGCAUAAACUUUACUCUCUCUCCAAUGGAGCAUUUAAAUAGCCUGUAUCUACUGCCAGGGGAACCAGGAGUCUCGGGCCAGCGCCAAACCAGAGGAUCACUGACUGUGUGAGGGAUUGCACAUGCUAGACAAGUGCACUCGUGUGUUUGUGUGUGUAUGUGUGUGAGGGAGUAUGUGUUUGUGUGUGAAAGAGUAUGUGUUUGUGUGUGUAUGUGUGUGAGGGAGUAUGUGUUUGUGUGUGAAAGAGUAUGUGUUUGUGUGUGUAUGUGUGUGAAAGAGUGUGUGUUUGUGUGUGAGAGAGGGAAAGAAGGAGUGAGGGAGAGAAGGAGUGAGGGAGAGAAGGAGUGAGGGAGAGAAGGAGUGAGGGAGAGAAGGAGUGAGGGAGAUGGUUUUAGAGAUAAUAUCUAGAGAAAGAGAGGGAAAAACUUGACACUCAAGCUUUUUCAAAGAAUGUUUCUACUGAAUAACAUAGUUUGUUUUUGUCUCUGGAGGUGGAGUUUCUUGCCAUAACCAGAGGAAAACAAACACAUUGACAGCUCUCAGCUCUCCUCUCAGCACGUCUACAGAAUCAUGUCACAGCACCACACUCAUUAAACCCCAAUCUACAUGUCUCAGUUCAGAAACCAAGCCAAAGAGACAAAGCCCUCAUUAUUGUUUUGUCAACGUGAAUAUUCUGCCAUGAUGGCACCAAAGCGUGCCAGACAUGACACCUCGAUGUGACAGAGAGCUGAUGGCCUCUUCCUGUCUGUGGUGAGGAGCUGUAUAUAGGGAAUAGGGUGCCAUUUGGGACAUAACCCUGUCCUGUCCUGUUCUGAUGCAUCAGGGCCCAUCAGGGUCCAUCCUUCCCAAAACACUAAUUGGAAGGGAUUCCUUCCAUUCUCUGGCACUCACAAUUAUUAUGCAUAGCUGGAUGAUUAGCCUAGAUUAGCAUUGUAGCAGCCAUGUUCACUGGGAAGGCACACUAUCACUGGGCCUUGCAGGAGAGCAGCACUGAGCACCCUCAUUAUCCUCAUCAACAGUGAGCUAGUCACUGAGUUGCAGCUAGGGCUGGACCAUCCUUCUGAUAACAAGAGUAUGUCUAACACAUAACAAUCAAAAUUUUUACUUUUGUUAGGAUUUCUAAAACAUUCUUAGUACAUUCUGUAUCCAUUACAUUCUGCACCAUUACAUUCUGCAUCAUUACAUUCUGUAUCUAUUACAUUCUGUAUCCAUUACAUUCUGUAUCUAUUACAUUCUGCACCAGUACAUUCUGCACCAUUACAUUCUAUAUCCAUUACAUUCCGUAUCCAUUACAUUCUGUAUCCAUUACAUUCUGCACCAUUACAUUCUGGACCAUUACAUUCUGUUUCCAUUACAUUCUGUAUCUAUUACAUUCUGUAUCCGUUACAUUCUGGACCAUUACAUCUGUUUCCAUUACAUUCUGUAUCCAUUACAUUCAGCACCAUUACAUUCUGUAUCCAUUACAUUCUGUAUCCAUUACAUUCUGUAUCCAUUACAUUCUGCACCAGUACAUUCUGUAUCCAUUACAUUAUGCACCAUUACAUUAUGCACCAUUACAUUCCGCAUCGAUUACAUUCUGCACCAUUACAUUCUGCACUAUUAUAUUCUGUAUCCAUUACAAUCUGUAUCCAUUACAUUCUGUAUCCAUUACAUUCUGCACCAUUACAUUCUGUAUCCAUUACAUUCUGUGUCCAUUACAUUCUGCACCAUUACAUUCUGCACCAUUACGUUCUGUAUCCAUUACAUACUGUAUCCAUUACAUUCUGCACCAUUACAUUCUCUAUCCAUGACAUUCUGCACAAGUCGCUCUGGAUAAGAGCGUCUGCUAAAUGACGUAAAUGUAAAUGUACAUUCUGCACCAUUACAUUCUGUAUCCAUUAAAUUCUGUAUCCAUUACAUUCUCCACCAGUACAUUCUGUAUCCAUUACAUUCUGCACCAUUACAUUCUGGACCAUUACAUUCUGUUUCCAUUACAUUCUGCACCAUUACAUUCUGUUUCCAUUACAUUCUGUAUCUAUUACAUUCUGUAUCCAUUACAUUCUGGACCAUUACAUCUGUUUCCAUUACAUUCUGUAUCCAUUACAUUCAGCACCAUUACAUUCUGUAUCCAUUACAUUCUGUAUCCAUUACAUUCUGCACCAGUACAUUCUGUAUACAUUACAUUAUGCACCAUUACAUUCUGCACCAUUACAUUCCGUAUCGAUAACAUUCUGCACCAUUACAUUCUGCACUAUUAUAUUCUGUAUCCAUUAAAAUCUGUAUCCAUUACAUUCUGUAUCCAUUACAUUCUGCACCAUUACAUUCUGUAUCCAUUACAUUCUGUGUCCAUUACAUCCUGUAUCCAUUACAUUCUGUAUCGAUUACAUUCUGCACCAUUACAUUCUGCGCCAUUACGUUCUGUAUCCAUUACAUUCUGUAUCCAUUACAUUCUGCACCAUUAAGUUCUUUAUCCUUUACAUUCUGCACCAUUACAUUCUGUACCCAUUACAUUCUGCACCAGUACAUUCUGCACCAUUACAUUCUGAACCAAUACCUUCUGUAACCAUUACAUUUUGUAUCCAUUACUUUCCGUAUCCAUUACAUUCUGCACAAUUACAUUCUGCACCAUUACAUUCUGCACCAUUACAUUCUGUUACCAUUAUAUUCUGUAUCCAUUACAUUCUGCACCAGUACAUUCUGUAUUCAUUACAUUCUGCACCAUUAAUUCUGUAUCCAUUACAUUCUGCACCAUUACAUUCUGUAUCAUUACAUUCUGGACCAUUACAUUCUGCGUCAUUACAUUCUGCACCAUUACAUUCUGUAUCCAUUACAUUCUGCACCAUUACAUUCUGGACCAUUACAUUCUGGGCCAUUACAUCUGUUUCCAUUACAUUCUGUGUCCAUUACAUUCUGCACCUUUACAUUCUGUAUCCAUUACACUCUGUAUCCAUUACAUUCUGCACCAUUACAUUUUGGACCAUUACAUUCUGUUUCCAUUACAUUCUGGACCAUUACAUCUGUUUCCAUUACAUUCUGCACCAUUACAUUCUGCACCAAUACCUUCUGUAACCAUUACAUUUUGUAUCCAUUACUUUCCGUAUCCAUUACAUUCUGCACAAUUACAUUCUGCACCAUUACAUUCUGCACCAUUACAUUCUGUUACCAUUAUAUUCUGUAUCCAUUACAUUCUGCACCAGUACAUUCUGUAUUCAUUACAUUCUGCACCAUUAAUUCUGUAUCCAUUACAUUCUGCACCAUUACAUUCUGUAUCAUUACAUUCUGCACCAUUACAUUCUGCGUCAUUACAUUCUGCACCAUUACAUUCUGUAUCCAUUACAUUCUGCACCAUUACAUUCUGGACCAUUACAUUCUGGGCCAUUACAUCUGUUUCCAUUACAUUCUGUGUCCAUUACAUUCUGCACCUUUACAUUCUGUAUCCAUUACACUCUGUAUCCAUUACAUUCUGCACCAUUACAUUUUGGACCAUUACAUUCUGUUUCCAUUACAUUCUGGACCAUUACAUCUGUUUCCAUUACAUUCUGUGUCCAUUACAUUCUGCACCAUUACAUUCUGUAUCCAUUACAUUCUGUAUCCAUUACAUUCUGUAUCCAUUCAAUUUUGCACCAUUACAUUCUGCACCAUUACAUUCUCUAUCCAUUACAUUCUGCACCAGUACAUUCUGCACAAUUACAUUCUGUAUCCAUUAUAUUCUGCACAAUUACAUUCAGCACCAUUAAUUUCUGUAUCCAUUACAUUCUGUAUCCAUUAAAAUCUGUAUCCAUUACAUUCUGCACCAUUACAUUCUGCACUAUUAUAUUCUGUAUCCAUUACAAUCUGUAUCCAUUACAUUCUGUAUCCAUUACAUGCUGCACCAUUACAUUCUGUAUCCAUUACAUUCUGCACCAUUACAUUCUGCACCAUUACGUUCUGUAUCCAUUACAUUCUGCACCAUUACGUUCUUUAUCCUUUACAUUCUGCACCAUUACAUUCUGUAUCCAUUACAUUCUGCACCAGUACAUUCUGCACCAUUACAUUCUGCACCAAUACCUUCUGUAACCAUUACAUGUUGUAUCCAUUACUUUCCGUAUCCAUUACAUUCUGCACAAUUACAUUCUGCACCAUUACAUUCUGCACCAUUACAUUCUGUUACCAUUAUAUUCUGUAUCCAUUACAUUCUGCACCAGUACAUUCUGUAUUCAUUACAUUCUGCACCAUUAAUUCUGUAUCCAUUACAUUCUGCACCAUUACAUUCUGUAUCAUUACAUUCUGCACCAUUACAUUCUGCGUCAUUACAUUCUGCACCAUUACAUUCUGUAUCCAUUACAUUCUGGACCAUUACAUUCUGGGCCAUUACAUCUGUUUCCAUUACAUUCUGUGUCCAUUGCAUUCUGCACCUUUACAUUCUGUAUCCAUUACACUCUGUAUCCAUUACAUUCUGCACCAUUACAUUCUGGACCAUUACAUUCUGUUUCCAUUACAUUCUGGACCAUUACAUCUGUUUCCAUUACAUUCUGUGUCCAUUACAUUCUGCACCAUUACAUUCUGCAUCCAUUACAUUCUGUAUCCAUUACAUUCUGUAUCCAUUAAAUUUUGCACCAUUACAUUCUGCACCAUUACAUUCUCUAUCCAUUAAAUUCUGCACCAGUACAUUCUGCACUAUUAUAUUCUGUAUCCAUUACAUUCUGCACAAUUACAUUCAGCACCAUUAAAUUCUGUAUCCAUUACAUUCUGUACCAUUACAUUCUGUAUCCAUUAAAAUCUGUAUCCAUUACAUUCUGCACCAUUACAUUCUGCACUAUUAUAUUCUGUAUCCAUUACAAUCUGUAUCCAUUACAUUCUGUAUCCAUUACAUUCAGCACCAUUACAUUCUGUAUCCAUUACAUUCUGCACCAUUACAUUCUGCACCAUUACGUUCUGUAUCCAUUACAUACUGUAUCCAUUACAUUCUGCACCAUUACGUUCUUUAUCCUUUACAUUCUGCACCAUUAAAUUCUGUAUCCAUUACAUUCUGCACCAGUACAUUCUGCACCAUUACAUUCUGCACCAAUACCUUCUGUAACCAUUAUAUUUUGUAUCCAUUACUUUCCGUAUCCAUUACAUUCUGCAUAAUUACAUUCUGCACCAUUACAUUCUGCACCAUUACAUUCUGUACCAGUACAUUAUGCACCAUUACAUUCUGUAUCCAUUACAUUCUGCACCAGUACAUUCUGCACAAUUACAUUCUGUAUCCAUUACAUUCUGCAUCAUUACAUUCAGCACCAUUACAUUCUGUAUCCAUUACAUUCUGUACCAUUACAUUCUGUAUCCAUUAA